CUCACCAUGAGCCUCCGAGGCUCCUACCUCCACUUCUGCCUCUGGAUGCUGGGUGCCACCUUGGUACUGGGGCAGGAACAAGUAAGUGGCCGUCUGAGGUUGGCAGUACUACCUGAGGACCAGCUGCAGAUGAAGUGGAGGGAAGCAGAGGGGAAUGGUCUUGGCUACUUGGUGCAGGUGACGCCUAUGGCAGGGGACUUGGAGCAGGAGCUGAUAUUAACCACCAAGACACCCAAGGCCACCGUGGGUGGCCUGAGCCCUUCCAAGGGCUACACCUUGCAGAUCUUCGAGCUCACUGGCUCUGGGCCUGUCCUGCUGGCACGAAGGGAAUUUGUGAUUGAGGAUCUGAAGAGCAGAGGCAGCCGCAGGCUGGUGGGACCCACUGUGGAUCCAACCUCCUUCCCUCUGGGGGCCUCCGACCCUGGAAAAACACCUGCGCCCAGUAUCGCCUUUACUUCAAGCAGAGACCAGCCUAUUCUUGCUGACCCCCAGUUCCACUGCACACCCCCAACUCCUACUGAUAUAAUCUUCCUGGUGGACGGGUCCUGGAGCAUCGGCCACAGACACUUCCAGCAGGUCAAAGACUUCCUGGCCAGCAUCAUCAUACCUUUUGAAAUAGGACCAGAUAAAGUCCAAGUAGGUCUGACUCAGUACAGUGGAGAACCCCAGACAGAGUGGGACCUGAACUCCUUCCACACCAAGGCACAGGUGCUGGCAGCAGUACACAGCCUCCGCUUCAGGGGAGGAAACACCUUCACAGGUCUUGCCCUAACCCAUGUACUGGGGCAGAACCUGAAGCCAGCAGCAGGUGCUCGUGCAGAGGCAGCCAAGGUGUUGAUUCUAGUGACAGAUGGCAAGUCCCAGGAUGAUGUGCGCACAGCUGCCCGAAUUCUUAAGGACCAGGACAUUGAUGUCUUUGUUGUGGGUGUGAAGAAUGCUGAUGAGGCUGAGCUGAAGCUCCUGGCAUCCCAGCCACUGGACAUCACUGUUCACAAUGUGCUGGACUUCCCUCAGCUGGCCACCUUAGCUGCCCUGAUCAGUCGCCUCAUUUGCCAAACAAUCCAGGGCAGGGGCCCAGUCAAACCAGCAGCGACUUCUCUGGCCCUGGACCCCCUCCCCAUGCCUUCCAGACUGGACCUGACCCAUGUCACCUCAUCCAGUGUCCACCUGUCUUGGACUCCAGCCUUAUACCCACCCCUCAAAUAUUUAAUUGUGUGGCAGCCUUCUAGGGGCGGUGCCCCCAAGGAGGUGGUGGUGGAGGGGCCUGCUUCAUCCAUGGAGCUUCAAAACCUGACCUCCAACACAGAAUACGUGGUCUCUGUGCUCCCUGUCUAUGAGAGUGGGUUUGGCAAGAGCCUGCAAGGCCGGACAACCACAGCACCCCUGCCUCCACCUGGAGCACUGACCCUAGCUUCAGUGACUCCCAGAACCCUCCACCUCACCUGGCAGCCCUCUGCUGGGGCCACUCAGUACUUGGUGCGGUACUUGCUGGCUGCCUCCCCCAGUGAGGAGCAGAGGAGAGAGGUACACGUGGGGCAGCCUGAGGUACUGCUGGAUGGCCUGGAGCCAGGCCAGGACUAUGAGGUUUCAGUGCAGAGCCUUCGGGGACCAGAAGCCAGCGAGGUCCGGAGCAUCAAUGCCAGGACCACUGCCCUGGGGCCCCCAAGACACCUGAGUUUCUCAGAUGUGAGCUACAACUCAGCCUGCGUGUCCUGGGAAGCCCAGAGGCCUGUGCGCCUGGUCAAGGUCAGCUAUGUCUCUAGUGAUGGCAGCCACUCUGGGCAGGCUCAGGUUCCUGGGAAUACUACCUCAGCCACCCUGGGCACCCUUUCCUCCUCUACCAAGUACACCGUCCGAGUCACCUGUUUUUACUUCGGGGGUGGCUCCUCCACGCUGACUGGUCAUGUGACCACAAAGAAAGCUCCCAGCCCCAGCCAGCUGUCCGUGAUGGAGCUCCCCGGAGAUGCAGUCAAGCUGUCAUGGGUGGCCACUGCCUUGUCUGGUGUACUUGUUUAUCAAAUCAAGUGGAUGCCCUUGGGAGAGGGCAAGGCCCACGAGAUCUCUGUCCCAGGGACCCUUGACACAGCCGUCUUACCUGGCCUGAUGAGUCAUGUGGAAUAUGAGAUCACCAUCCUUGCCUACUACAGGGACGGCACUCACAGCGACCCUGUGUCCCUCCGCUACAUCCCCUCUUCAGCAAGCAGGAGCCCCCCAUCCAACCUGGUCUUGUCCUCGGAGACCCCCAACAGCCUGCAGGUCAGCUGGACACCACCAAGUGGCCAUGUCUUACAUUACCGGGUCAACUAUGCACUGGCCUCAGGCUCUGGGCCAGAGAAAUUGAUCUCUGUGCCAGGCACCAGGAGCCGUGUGGUACUUCCUGACCUGCUGUCUGCCACCAAGUACAGGGUCCUGGUCUCAGCUGUCUAUGGGGCAGGAGAGAGUGUAGCAGUGUCUGCCACAUACCGCACAGCAGCCUGCCCAGCCCUGCACCCGGACAAUUCCCUCUCAGGGUUUGACCUGAUGGUGGCCUUUGGUCUUGUGGCAAAGGAGUAUGCCUCUAUCCGAGGUGUGGCUAUGGAGCCCUCAGCCUUGGGCAUGGCCCCCACCUUCACAGUCUUCAAGGAGGCUCAACUGAUGCGGCGAGCCAGUGACAUCUACCCAGCAGCUCUGCCACCAGAACACACCAUCGUCUUCCUUGUGCGCCUACUCCCCGAGACACCCCGAGAAGCCUUUGCGCUGUGGCAGAUGAUGGCUGAGGACUCCCAGCCCAUCGUCGGGGUUCUGCUGGAUGCUGGCAGGAAGUCUCUAACUUACUUCAACCAUGAUCCCAGGGAAACCUUGCAGGAGGUCACCUUUGACCUGCAGGAUGCAAAGAAGAUUUUCUUCGGAAGCUUCCACAAGGUACAUGUGGCUGUGGGCCAUUCCAAGGUCAGACUUUACGUGGACUGUCGGAAGGUGGCUGAGCGGCCUAUUGGGGAUGCUGGCAGCCCACCAACAGCUGGGUUCAUCACACUAGGGAGGCUAGCCAAGGCCAGGGGACCACGGAGCAGCUCAGCCACGUUCCAGCUCCAAAUGUUGCAAAUCGUGUGCAGUGACACCUGGGCGGACAAGGACAGAUGCUGUGAACUCCCUGCAUUGAGGGAUGGAGAGACAUGCCCAGCCUUCCCUUCCUCCUCCUGCAUCUGCUCAUCUGAGACCCCUGGGCCACCAGGGCCCCAAGGCCCUCCGGGCCUCCCUGGAAGGAAUGGCACUCCAGGACAGCAGGGACACCCGGGGCCCAAGGGAGAACCAGGACCACCUGGACAGACAGGACCCGAAGGGCCUGGAGGUCAGCAGGGUUCACCAGGGACCCAGGGCCGCACAGUCCAGGGACCCAUGGGUCCCCCAGGAAUCAAAGGAGAGAAGGGAGAUCAUGGACCCCCAGGUUUGCAGGGCCUCUCUGGCCAGCAGGGCCUCCCCGGGAAAGCUGGCCUACAGGGACCGAAGGGAAUGAGAGGACUAGAGGGACCUGCUGGCCUACCUGGACCACCUGGCCCCAGGGGGUUCCAGGGUUUGGCAGGCGCCAGAGGCAGCAGCGGGGAACGAGGGCCCCCAGGGGCUGUGGGGCCCACGGGUCUCCCAGGAUCCAAAGGUGAACGAGGAGAGAAGGGAGAGCCACAGUCCCUUGCCACCAUCUUCCAGCUGGUGAGCCAGGCCUGCGAGUCAGCCAUACAGACACAUGUGCUGAAGCUGAAUUCCUUCCUCCAUGAGAAUGCCCGGCCCCCAAUGCCCUUCAUGGUGGAGACAGCAAAGCCAGGCAGACCUGGAUCUAUAGAGCCUCCUGGGUCACAUAAUGAGGCUCUAUUUCCUGGAGACGGAGGACAUGUCCGCCGUCCUGAGGACCAAGGUGAGCCUGCAGCUAUCAGCCACAUAGGCAGCCCUGGACUGCUGGAGGGCCAGACCCCAGAACCCCUGGAGUGAACAGAACAACGGUGUCCUGGAGGGAUGGAGAGGGAAGCCAGAGGAAGACCCCGAGGCAGCGGGAGUUGGAAGGGAGAAGGAUGGCGCCUCUCAAGUCCCUUCUUUGUACACUUCCAGGUUGAGAUAAACCUCUGCUUGCUCACCA